AUGUCCCGACGAGCACCACCCCGCGACUACGACGAAGAGGAUGAAUUCUAUGAGAUGGCGCGAGAGCGUGAGCGACAUCACAGGCCGCGCCGACGAGAUCGCGACUAUGAGGAAGAAGAAUACCGUCGGCGAAGGUCCGAGCCCCUAGUUGAGGAUAUGGAGCGUAUGCACAUUCGAGAACGUCCCAGGCGAGACUUCAUGGCAGAGAGCUAUGCGCCACCGCGAGGACGGGAUGAUGUGACUCUCAUGCGGACAAGAAAGGAGGUAGAUAUGGACUCGCCUGAGCGAUCUAUGCGUUUGGACCGGGAUGAUGUCUAUAUGCGGCCGCCUGAACCCCGGCGCAGACCCCGUCCUCGGGACAUAGAUGACGAUGAGGCUUUUUUCGAGGAGCGAGAGAUACGCCGGGGGAGUCGGCGGCAUCCGCGUGAGGUUGAGAAUGAUUUGAUUUUCGAUGAAAGAGAAAGACGUCGAGAUAGAAGGCAUCGCCCAGAGCGAGUGCCCGAAGAGGAUCUGAUAUUUGAGGAACGACCAAUGGAGAGAGGCGGUGGUAGGAGGCGUCGCUCAGAGCCUGAGUUUGAGGAAGAUGAGGAACUUAUCGUCGAACGGGAAAGAACUCGAGGAAAUAGGCGAUACCCGCGGGAAUUUGAAGAGGAUGAGUUGAUAGUCGAAGAUAGAGGAAUGCACAGAGGGAGCAGGCGUCACCCAGAGCGAAGGUCCGAGGAUGACCUGCUCUUCGAAGAGAGAGAAAAACGCCAUCGCAGGCGACACCCAGAAAGGGAAUUUGAAGAAGAUCUGUUAGUGGAAGAACGCGGGAAACCUGGAGGAAGAAGAUACCGACCCGAGCGCGAAUUUGAGGAAGAGGAAAUGUUUAUUCGACGGAAAGAACGGGAAGAGCCUCCAUUACGCCGCGGAUGGGACAGCGAGCUUGACAUUCGAUCGCGUGAAAGAAGAUUGGAGUUUGAGGAAGAAGAAGAACCAUACUAUCGACCACGGCCACGGGCACGGCCUCCACCUCCCCAACAGAUCGAAGUGGAAGAGGUCCUUAUGCGCGAUGCGCCCCCAGAGCGACGCGGAGGGCGAGUCAGUUUUUCAGAUGAAGAAUUUUCAGAUGAUGAUGUUGUGGUCCGGCGGAAGGAUAAAGGACCACGGCCAGGGCCAGUCGACCGUGUUGACGAGGAAAUUCUUAUCCGCGAACGACGUGAAAAACGACGCAGUGUACCUUCGGAGGAUCUUGAACGCGAAUUAAGGGGUCUCCAGCGCGAGGUUAAAGAAAAAGUUCCACUGGAUGAAGAACUUAGUAUGCGUGCACAGGUCGACUCCAAGUCACGCCCCCGAGACCUUGAAGAAGUUAAGGAAGAGAUCAGUAUUCGGAAAACAAAGGAUAAGCUCCCAUCACGCCCGCCUUCGCCUUCUUUGGCAUCGAUACAUGUACCUCCGAUUCACCAAGACGUGUUUACCCACCAUAGGCACAUUGAACAUGGCUUUGAAGACCCCCAUACACCUCGUGUGCGCAGUCCGGAACCGCGGUCCCGGAAAGGUAGUUUUGAUGAGAUUGACAUUCACCAUCGAAAAAUGCGAGGAGGACGAGUAUCAGAGGAGAACAUAACCCUCAAACACCGUGACAGUGAAGAGUCUCUCGCUCCGGAGGAUUCGAUAUCUCCAACUAGCGGUCCAUCACUUGAUUUCAAAGAUCCAUGGGAGCGAGAACCCAAGUCCUCAACUCGUCGUCGACCCAAGCCACUAGACGAGAGUGACCUAGCCUACAGCCUUAAGGAACCCCCUUCCAUGCGCGGCAUGGAAGAGGAUAUAAUGACCGAGAGUACUCGGACGGUGGACAAGGCCCCCGGAGGCACAGACGACUGGUCUGUGGUGCAUGCUCCAUCACAAGAUGACGCGAUUGAAAUGACCGGAGCCCUGGACAUUGUUGAGGUCGAACCUCGUCAUGUGUCAGUCGAUGAAGUCAAAGUAGGUCGAGUUGCCCAGCAUGUCACAGAACCGGAGGAGACGCGAAACGACCGGUGGACAGAAAUAUCCAAGAAGCUGGUGGUGAAGGAAGCCAUUGAACGCAUGGGAUUCGAGUAUGAAGAAACGAGGGGGUCCUACUAUAUCUUCUCGUACCUCGAGUCGGAUGACAUAGAUGAGCUUGUUGAAUUGUCUGACGAGAUUCGAAGUGCUCGUCGUAGACGUAUUAGGGAUAUCCAGCGGGAGCGGAACUCUGUGCCGGAUAUCACACCCCAUAUCAGACCUGGGAUGGGGAUGCCUCUGCGGGCUCGGAUGAUAGAGAAGCGUAUGCGAGAUAUCCGAGAUCGAGAAUGGAUGAACGCUCGGAGGUAG